UCUCUAAUUCCAUUUGCAGGAGAGCCAGAGAUGAAAUACAUUGCAAACAUGCAUGGCAAUGAACCCAUUGGUCGAGAGCUCCUUAUUCACCUCGCCGAAUACCUAUGUAUGCAAUACUACAAGAAGGAUUUCAGGAUACAACGACUGGUCAAUGAGACUAGGUUACAUAUCUUAUUUUCGAUGAAUCCAGACGGCUUUCAGGAAGCCUACGAGCUCUUCAAUUCUUCUCAGGGACUGUCGCUGCCUUUCUACGGAAGAACGAAUGGGAACGGUGAAGAUCUUAACAGAAACUUCCCAAACCUCAACAACAUGGCGUACGAGAGCGAGCGUCUGGGAGGACAAAAUCAUCAUUUUAUUCCACUCAAAUCGGAUCUUUUAAAGCUGCAGCCCGAGACAGCCAACCUUCUAAGGUGGAUAAGUGACUACCCAUUCGUGUUAUCGGCCAACCUCCACGAAGGCGAGAUGGUUGCCAACUACCCUUACGACACGAGCAGAAGCAGAAGAAGCUUCUACACCGCCAGUCCCGACGAUGCUGUCUUCAAGCACCUUGCAGAGACCUACGCUACCAAACACGCCUUCAUGAGCACCAGGACAGAACCUUGCCCCUACUCGGGUGCAGAGGUCUUCGACGGGGGCAUCACCAAUGGCGCUGAUUGGUACUCCAUCAAGGGAGGUAUGCAGGACUACAACUACCUGGCUACGAACUGUUUUGAGAUCACGGUCGAGAUGGGAUGCCUCAAGUUUCCUCCAGCAAGCAGGCUACCAGAUCUCUGGGAUGAUAAUAAAGAAGCACUCAUAGGAUUCAUGGAACGGGUACACAUCGGAAUAAAAGGAAAGGUUACUGACACUAAAGAACAGCCGAUUCCAGAUGCCGUUAUCAAAGUAACAGGACCAGCAAUAAAUCAUGACGUCACUACAGCUAUCGAUGGUGACUUCUGGCGACUCUUGAUGCCCGGCCUCUACACAAUCACAGCCACCGCUCCAGGAUACGAGCCCCAGAGUCGCGUUGCAACCGUCAAGAGGAACAGGUCUACUUGGAUGACUUUUACCCUCCACAAAGAAGAACCCAAACCGGAGUGCAUCGAAGAGGAGGAGGACGAACUCGACAAUUCGAACAUCCUCUUUGAGAUCAAAGAAGCUUUCAAGGAUAUGGGAUACGCUAAAAAGAAAGGCUGUGCACCAGAACGUCCGAGAGAGCAAGUAAACAGAGGACCGCUCCUUGCUACGCCCUGAAAAAAAUUACAGACACUGAAAUUAGUGAUUGGGACUACAGCAUAAAACAAAUAGCGAUAUUUUUGUAUUGAAGAUGACAAAAAUUUAUUAGCAUUUAUAUAAAUGCGAUUUGCGUACUGGAACCUGCUCUACCUUUAGCAGUGUUUUGUAGACAUUUUGGGAGUAAGGCUUCUUUUUAAUGCUUGUCCUGCCAGUUGUGAUAAUAUAGUUUAUUUCCACUGGAAAUUCUCGUAGAUGGUCAGUAAUUCUCAGAUCAUCUAAUAUCAUCAUGGCUUAACUUGUUUCGUCUGCUAUCGGUUUAGCCUAAUAGACCAGUUUGUAGUUACUUCAUGGACAAUUUUGGUCAAAUUACCUUCCAUUUCUUUCAUCAUGAUUGGCAGAUUUCAAAACAAGAUAUUACGUAAGCAUGCCUUACAUAGCACGAUGGAGACAUAUAAUAGACCAGUGCCGGCCGCACACGUUGUUAGCCUAACCAUGGACCUAUAGGUACAUGGCCUAACAAAGCGGAUUGUGAAGUCAAAACAUUUAUUUCAAUGUGUAAGUAAUGCAUUAUAGCAUCGCUGCCACAAUAACCGGUUGUAUCAUGGCCUCUGUUGGCGCAUUGUUAGCGCUAACAACAUACCAAUGAACACUCUAUGAAGGUAUUUGUUAAUUUCUGCUUUGAAUGCAGCAUGUUGUACAAUGUACUAGGCAAACUUUGAAAUACCAGACAUUCGUGGACGUAUUGCUGUUUUUUGUGGAUGUAAAUGAAAAACACAAUUCAAAAGAAGACAUCAAAGUUGGUGCUUAUCUCAUUAAAUUUUGAAUCACCUUUGGCUUUGAUACCAAUGACCUAGCCUCUGAUCAUGCGCAGAAUCUUCUAGUCAUGCGCAGAGUAGAACUACGAACUGGCUUAUUACCCGUUUGGUCCAAUCAUCACUUUGUUUAAUACUCACUUGAUACUAUCAAUUAGUUGAAUGCCCAGGUAGUCAUGUUUUAACUCCGUUUACUUCUUAUUUUGCACUUUGUUAAAAUGGAUAGUUCCCAUAAUAAUACGGAGUACGUAGUGUUUGAUCAAGUGCAUACUUGGCGAAAUGGGCAAAGCCUAACAAGAUAUUAGACAAAAUUUAUUUAUGGGUUAAAGAGCAAUUGGAAUAAAUUAGUAGACAAAGUGGCUGUAGGCAAACAAGGAUUUGAUCUUGAUGAUGAGUGGGAGACCAAACGGAAAGUAGGUUUAGCAGGUGUAUUACAAUUUACAUGUUGCAUGUUGUAUUUUAUGCCACAUGCCUGAAAUACAGAGUUAAGACAGAAGAGGGCAGCAUUCAUCCAAUCUUCACAUUGAGCCGGGCAGCAAACACGCAGAUGAAAUAUUACCGUUCUUCUUCCGUAGGCCUAUAGUAUAUGCACAGCAGUGUCUUUAAAUUUCAGAUUAAUUUUGCAUAGUUCAAUUCUGUAUCUCGAAAAAGCUCCCGAACACUAUUUUUUUACUUACUAACAAGCAUUCACGCUUUAAUACAAUUAAUUUGAUAUAACAACCAUGACUAGAAAAUCGAAUGGAACAUGGGAUGAAGAAAUUACGGAUACCUUACGAUUGGACUGUGACCCCAUUUUGGAAUCAUUGGUGUUAUUGAGACAUUAUGUUACUCUCUUGUUCAAAAUCAUCGUUAACAAUGCAGCAUAGAGUAAUAAUUAACAAUAAACGACUGGUCUGUGUAAGAUCCCAGGAAAAAAAUAUACAUAUACGGGUCCCGUUUUAUAAAGACUUGUUCUAAUGACAAAUACAAAAUAUCUACAACAAAUUUACUAUCGGCCAAUCAGAUUAAAGGAUUUCAGGAGCUUUUAACUGUUAUUGUAAAUUUGUUGUUGUAACAAGUUUUAUGAAACGGAUCCCUGUACUUUAUUAAAUGAGGUUUGUAAGUACUUUGAAAGAUAAACACUGUGAUUGAUGUCGACCAAUAUCUAAGUAUUAACGAGAAAUAGUGACGUCAAAAUUAUGGCGCAACUUGCAAGCAUGUAUUUGAAAUACACGUAUAAUGAUAAGGCAACAGGUAUGUGGAUAUGUUCAAUAUUUUAAUUUUAUUGCAUUUUAAUAUAUGUUGUUGUUCAGAUUUCAUUAUUAAAAUUGUUACUAUUAUUUUUAUCAUUAUCAUUAUUAUUAUGAUCACUAUAAUCAUUAUUAAUAUUAUUACUUUUUAGGGGGAGGGGUGUCUGCAGAGAGAGAGAAGAAAGUGGGAGGGUAUGGGGUGUAUUGAAGUAUUGGAAUGAGACUAUCGUGAUCUGUGAUCACUGUGUAGAUAUAAUCUUAUCCUGACGCAAAUUUUGUUAUGACAAGCAACUGUUCAUUUUUUGUAUUCAUUGAAGCGACACAGUUUUGUAAAUAGAAUGACUGCGAUUUAA